AUGUCUCACCACAAAGGAAAAGGGGACCAGGCAUCUUUUUUUACAUCCAAGCACCAAAACAAGCAGCCCACGCUCCAAGCAGGCCUCCAAGAUAGUGACCUCGAGUCCAGAGACAGCCAAGAAUCCUGUUCUCUCCUGCCUCCCUCUCAAGAUGGUGAAGGUUAUUUCACACCAACCAUUCUGCAAAAAAUGCUGUAUGCCCAAUCCAAGCAAUUACUCACCCAGUUUCAAUCCUCACUGACAGAGAUAAAACAGGAAAUCUGCGAUAUCGGAGACCGAACAGCCCAUCUGGAAACGAAGCUUGAACAACAGGUGUCCUCACAUGGCUCUCUUGCCAUCAGGGCCCAGCAGUUGGAAAAGCAUUUGUCUUCCAACGAUGCCAAGCUCACGGAUUUUGAAGAUAGAUCUCACCGGAAUAACCUCAGACUCAGGGGAAACAGUGGCGGUGAGUGA